GGAAAGCCUGGAUAGCGCCAUCCGUAUGCGGUUACUGGUGGCUUGAAGCUCGGCUGUCUGUCGACUUCAUUGGUCACUUUGUAUUUAGCUGGCAUAAACAUUGGACAUGUGGAGCGGACAUUUGACAUGAAAGGCGUAAACUUCGUUUCAAUGUUCGCAUUUGUAAGUGCGAAGAGGUGAUAGAGUCAUAAGACCUGUGCCGGUGUCGGUGGAUAUGGAGAUGGAGAGAGUAUAAAGCAGUCUCACCCCCUGACUGAUAGAGAUACCAAUUCAGCAAACUUCACUUCAAACUAUCCAAGAGCAAUCCAGAACCAACCCACGAAAGCGACCACAAUCUGUGCUUCCAAUACUCAGACAUCACGCAACGCCAGCAUCAACGAUUACGAGAUCGACAAUUGAUCAGACACCCCACAGUCACACGAAGCAAAAUUCGACCCUGCAGUUCAUUCCACCACCUCGCCAAAUCACGUCUUCAGUCACAAUGUCAUACUCAACAGCAACAACACCCAGGACCUCCAUUGAGCUCGCCAAGUCGGCCAUCACUUCCUCCUCCGCAUCUCUCGCCUCUUCAUCAUCGUCGCUAAAGCAACCGAGCAAAGCGAAGGGUAUCUGGGAAUCCAUCAAGCGACAUCACCAGGGCAUGAACGAGGCGUAUGAGGCGUAUUACGGACAAGGAAACAUGUCUAGGUCGGGCAAGCAGCAAGAAAUUUGGGAGUACAAGAGGGGCGAGUACACCAAGGGCGGUCGGAAUUGAUUGUGGGCUUGAAGUGCAAGAAAGAAUGCCGAAUGUUUCAAUGGUCAAUUGGCUGAUUGGGCGUGGUUAAUGAUGUGCGUUCGGAAUAUUGCAAGGUGCUUAUGGAGUUUUGUUUUCGGGUUAUCCCCGAUGGGCAUUGAUUGCGAGCAUUGGCUACAAGUAUUGCAUUUUUGGUCGUAGAGCAAAUUCAAUUGAUACCACACAAACAUUU